GCUCCUCUCUCUUCACUCGCCGGCUCUGUCUUCGCUGUGACAACCACACCUCAGCUCUGUAAGCUUAGCUAGCUACAUUCCCUCUAACAGAGAACCUUGUCAAUCUGUUAGCUAGCUACCUUAGCUCUAACAUAGAGCCUUGUCAAUCUGUUAGCUAGAUACCUUCGCUCUAACAGAGAGCCUUGUCAAUCUGUUAGCUCGCUACCUUCCCUCUAAUAGAGAGCCUUGUCAAUCUGUUAGCUAGCUACCUUCCCUCUAACAGAGAGCUUUGUUAAUCUUGCUUUGGAGAGACUGGAGGGUGAAGGGAUCCUUCUGGAAAAUGGACACAGACAAUCUGGAGUGGUACACUAAGAACAAUGCCGACGUAAAGAUAAAGAUGUCCCAGGUGAAACAGGUGGGCCUGCUGGCUGCCGGGUGCCAGCCCUGGAACAAAGAUGUGUGUGCUGCCAGUGAAGACCGGUUCGCUUACUGUGCAACACUUGCUAUAUAUGUCUACCAGUUGGACCACAGAUACAAUGAGUUCAAGCUUCGAGCCAUCAUGUCAGAGCACAAGAAGACCAUCACGGCCAUAUCGUGGUGCCCACACAACCCCGAGGUGUUUGCCAGCGCCAGCGCUGACAACCUGCUCAUCAUCUGGAACGUGGCAGAGCAGAAGAUUGUGGCCAGGCUGGAUAACACCAAAGGCAUCCCAGCGUCUCUGAGCUGGUGCUGGAACGCAGGUGACGGCGUGGCGUUUGUGUCCCACCGGGGCCCUCUCUACCUGUGGGCCAUCAGCGGGCUGGACGCCGGCGUCACCAUCCACAAGGAGGCACACAGCUUCCUGUCUGAUAUCUGUCUGUUCCGCUGGCACCCCGUCAAAAAGGGCAAGGUGGUGUUUGGACACACGGACGGGAGCCUCUCUAUCUUCCAGCCAGGAUCUAAAAACCAGAAGCACGUGUUGCGCCCGGAGUCUUUAGAGGGGACGGACGAGGAGGACCCGGUCACAGCGUUGGAGUGGGAUCCACUGUCUACAGACUACCUCCUAGUGGCCAACCAGCAUAAUGGCAUCAGAAUGGUCGACUCAGAGGGGCUCACCUGUGUCACUACUUUCUGCUUCCCCAGUUCAGCUGCCUCUGUACAGUGUCUGGCCUGGGUUCCCAGUGCACCCGGCAUGUUCAUCACUGGAGAUUCUCAAGUCGGUGUGUUGAGGAUAUGGAACGUGUCCAGAUCUACACCGCUGGACAACUUUAAACUGAAGAAGACCGGCUUCCAUGCUUUACAUGUGUUAAACUCUCCCCCAGCCAAGAAAUCCUUGAGCUCCAUCUCCCCGACAAAGAGCCACUACACAUCAUCCACCAGUGAGGCUGUUCCUCCUCCUACUCUAUCCCAGAACCAGGCCUUCUCCCUCCCCCCGGGCCACGCUGUUUGCUGCUUCAUGGAUGGAGGGGUGGGGCUCUACGACAUGGGAGCCAAGAAGUGGGACUUCCUACGAGACCUGGGUCAUGUGGAGACCAUAUUUGACUGUAAGUUCAAGCCAGACGACCCCAACCUGUUGGCGACAGCCUCGUUUGACGGGACCAUUAAGGUGUGGGACAUCAACACCCUCACAGCGGUUUAUACGUCUCCCGGCAACGAGGGUGUGGUCUACUCUCUGUCCUGGGCUCCUGGAGACCUGAACUGCAUAGCCGGAGCCACGUCCCGGAACGGUGCAUUCAUCUGGGAUGUGAAGAAAGGCAAGAUGAUCACACGAUUCAAUGAGCAUGGGAAUAAUGGUAUCUUCUGUAUCGCAUGGAGCCAUAAGGACUCUAAAAGAAUAGCCACAUGUAGUGGCGACGGCUUUUGCAUCAUUAGGACCAUCGACGGCAGGGUCUUACACAAGUACAAACACCCUGCUGCUGUGUUUGGUUGUGACUGGAGCCAGAACAACAAAGACAUGAUAGCCACGGGCUGUGAGGAUAAAAACGUGCGUGUGUACUACCUGGCCACCAGUUCUGACCAGCCACUCAAGGUGUUCACGGGUCACCUGGCCAAGGUGUUCCAUGUGCGCUGGUCUCCUCUCCGAGAGGGUAUUCUCUGCAGUGGCUCAGAUGACGGGACUGUGCGUAUCUGGGAUUAUACCCAGGAUGCCUGUAUCAACGUGCUGAGUGGUCACACGGCGCCGGUCCGAGGCCUGAUGUGGAACACGGAGGUGCCCUACCUGCUGACCAGCGGCAGCUGGGACUACACCAUUAAAGUCUGGGACACCAGGGACGGAACCUGCCUGGACACCUGCUACGACCACGGCGCUGAUGUUUAUGGCCUGACUUGCCACCCCAGCCGUCCGUUCACCAUGGCCUCAUGUUCCCGGGACUCUACGGUCAGGUUGUGGUCCCUCACUCCGCUCAUCGCUCCGCUCCUGGUCAACGUCCUGGCUGACCACAGCUGGGAUGACAUCAUCGGCAACACGGAUAGGGCCAUGGUACCUGGUGCUACCCCUCUGCUCUGUGGGAAGGUGUCCAGAGACAUCAAGCAGGAGCUGGAUAAACUAUCCAGUGAAGUGCGGGUGAAGAAACUCAGGUGGUUCUCCGAAUGUUUCUCUCCACCAGGGGGGAGUCAUAACCUGUGGGACCUGGUGUCAGUGAUCAAUGGGCAGGACGACAGUCUGCUUCCCCAGAGCUACGGCAAGGGCAUCAUGCACAUGAAACACUUGGUCCGCUUCAAAACCUCUGAGGCCCAGGAAUUGACCAUAGUGAAGAUGUCUAAGUUCGGCGGGGGGAUCGGGGCUCCCAGUAAAGAGGAGAGACUGAGAGACGCAGCAGAGAUCCAUCUGAGACUGGGGCAGAUCCAGAGAUACUGUGAACUCAUGGUGGAGCUGGGAGAGUGGGACAAGGCAUUGUCAGUUGCCCCUGGUGUAUCCAUAAAGUAUUGGAAGAAACUCAUGCAAAGAAGAGCCGACCAGCUGAUGCAGGAAGAAAACCACGAUGUCAUCCCGUACUGCAUCGCCACGGGAGACGUGAGGAAGCUGGUCAACUUCUUUACUGCCAGGGGUCAACUGAACGAGGCGCUGCUAGUGGCUCAGGGAGCUUGUGAAGGCAACAUCCACGUGCCUCAGACCGCCGUAAUCAACCAUACAACCACUACAAACAGCGACGACAUACAGGCAUAUAACGGGCUACUGCAGUGUGUAUGUAAGGAGCUAGCGGAGUGGUAUUUCCAAGAUGGCCGUGCUGUGCUGGCGGCCUGCUGUCACCUGGCUGUGGACAACACUGAGCUAGCCAUGGCCAGUCUGAUCCGGGGUAAUGAGCUGGAGCUGGCUGUGUGUGUAGGGCUGGUGUUGGGAGAAUCAGCCAAUCAGGCCACUCACUACGUCCUGGAGCUACUAGCCAGGAAGUACAUGACCACACCCACCUGGUUUCCAUCAGUUGGAAGCAGGGACCUGGCGGCUGACCUUCUCCAGAUGAUCCCAGACAACGAGGUCCUGCUGGCCAAGCUGUGUGCCUUCUACCCUGGGAGCUCCUCGGAGAUAGACCAAAUCCAUGAAAAAUGUGGUCUUCCCAGUCUGGAGGAGUGUCAGGGGUUAGCUGAGUCUGCUGUCAGCGAGGGGGACAUCUUCAAAGCUGUCAAGUACUAUCUAAUGAGUCCAGAACCCGAGGCAGCCCUGCUUGUUGGCAUCGCCCACGUCAAAGAACAGCUGAGUGAUUCUGACUGGACCGUAGACUCUGUCCAUCCUAUCCUGGACCUUCUGGGUUACAUUAGAACGGACCGGCUCAUACUUGCCAAGUUCACUGAAGCUCGAAGUGAGCUGCUCAUCCUAUCUGGCUACAUCGGUGCACUGUUGGCCAUCAGAAGACAAUACUCCAGCAUUGUUCCUGCACUUUACGAGUACACCAGUCAGUUGAUGAAGAGGAGAGAGGUGUCUGUUCCCUUACAGAUAGAGCAACUCUCUGUAGAGCUGGAGGCAUGGAUGGCCUGCACACAGUCUCUCAUCAACUCCAGGGGUCCUGAUGAGGCUCCUUACACCCCUCCGUCAGAGGCCCAGAAAGCAGAGCACGCCCAUCUGCUAGACAGACUCCAGGAGGAGCCACUCAGGGGCCUGGAGGGGCCCGACUAUGUCACAGGCUCCAACCUGCCCAGCCACUCUGAUGUCCAGGUCUCCUGCUUUACCGGACUCAGGAUCCAGGGCCCUGUGUUUUUCCUUGAGGACGGUAAAUCUGCCAUUUCAUUGAACGACGCCCUUAUGUGGGCCAAAGUGAACCCUUUCUCACCUCUGGGGACGGGUGUCCGUCUCAACCCCUUCUAAGAGCCAGCCUCGCCAACGAGGAUGGGCUACAGGACUAAUAGCAUUUGACUGGUCAGCCUCCGAGGCCAAGGUCACACGACGGUAAAAGGGCGACGUCAGGACCGACACCUGCUCUUCCUGAGAGAAACAAGGGAAAGGGAUGGACGUUCCAGAACGAAAGAAGAGAGCUGGAAGGAUGCUUAAAAUGAGAUCUCUCCACUAUGUGCUUUUUUACAAUGUGUGCACCACAAGUCAUCCAGUCAACAGUGUUACAGCUUCUCAUAGAAAACGUGUUGCCGUACUUCGACACGGACAAAGAGGGUUCGCAUGGUUGAAACGGGUUAUAUGUAGGAGCGAGACCAUUGUAGUUCGGCUGUCUUGAUUUAGACACACCGUCACGUGCACAUCAGUACACAGACAGACAAGUCGGCGAGCUAUGUGAUUGUUAUUAUGCUCAUGGUCAUAGCACCAGCAUCAUUUUGACUGAUGAAUACCAUAUUUGUGUUGUAUUGCUGUUGGUUUAACGUUGCGCAAUGUUGCAUUAUCAUUUCUGUUUGUUACAGAAAUUAGCCCGCACACAUACAUGUACAAGAGCAAAGCGUAUGAUGAUGUAGGCUUACAGUGGUAGUUGAUCGAAAGCAAACAAAUACAGAGAAACGUACCUGUUAGCCUUUUAUUUAGCUUAGCAUCAAUCAAUCAAAUAACUGAUGUAGGACUUGAUUGCUUUCGCAUUAAAACAGCUUAGCAGCAUCGUGUCUGUGCAGUACUGUGUUUGACUGUGAAUGUAUAAGACUUCUGCUGGACUCCAAAACAUAAUGUGGACCUGUAAAGUUGUCAAUUUAAAACCUCUUUGGGCUAGGCGUCCCACUAGUGACAACUUCCGGUGAAACUGGAGGGUGCGCAACUCAAAUAAAUAAUCAUAAUACUUAUGGAUAUUAAACAUUUAGGUACAUACAAGUGUCGGUGCCAUGUGAUUGUUUGAGGACAGCGCCCAACUUCAAAAUAUUUUUCCACCGGCACAGGUUUCAUUAACUCGCAAAUAGCGAUUAAAUAUUCACUUACUUUUGAAAAUAUUCCUCUGAUUUGUCAUCCAAAGGGUCCCAGUUAUAACAUGUAGUGUCGUUUUGUUAGAUAGAAUCCUUCUUUAUAUCCCAAAAAGUCUGUUUAGUUGGCGCCGUCGAUUUGAGUAAUCCACAUGCAGAGAAAGGAAUCUAAAAAUCUACCACUAAACUUUGUUAAAACAAGUCAAAAUAUGUUUCUAUUGACUCCUCAGAUACCCUAAAAUGUAAUCAAACCAUAAUAUUUAAUACGGAAAGAAGUAUGUUCAAUAGGAAAAUUAUAUUAGCAGGUCCGUCUUGUCUUCAUUGCGCGCGCAUACACACAUUUCCAAUAGGGUGUCCUUGUACUAAAACUCAGUAUUCUUACUCGUUUUGGAAAAGACAAGCCUGAAACCUUGAACAUAGAGUGCUGACACCGUGUGGAAGCCAUAGGAAUUGCAUACUGGGAGCUAGAUUUCAUUAUUUCCCUAUACUUUCCAUUGUAAAACCAUGGGCUCUCAAAAAAAGAAUCGGGUUGGUUUUUCUUUGGCUCUUCUCCUACCAUAUCUAUUGUAUUAUAGUCUCCUACAUCAUUUUAACAUUUCUACAAACUUCAAAGUGUCUUCUGUCCAAUGGUACCAAUUAUAUGCCUUUGGGCACGUCAGUAAGGCGGAAAAUGAGAAAAAGGGACCCUAGCCCUAACUUAUUUUAACUUGUGAAUAGGUUGUUGUAUUGUACAUAAGACUGUAAUUCCUAUUGAGUUGCGCAGUACUAUUUCAGGGAUCACAGUUGCUAGCUAGAAGGGUAGGUAGUUGAUACUGUACACGGCUAGGGACUUACAAAGUGUAAUAGCUGUUACGAUACUGGAUCCAUAGAAUUAAAACUCCUAUUCUAUGGUGGGGUCAACGCUUUAGAAUGUCUCAGAGUCUCAUCAGCGUUGCCUCCUUGAUGAUCAUUUGUAGCCUUCACCUGACUGCAGAAUUUGUAGUGAUUUCAUAAUGAUGACAAGCUUCUGUAUGCAAGUCAUUAUUACCAUCACAAUUUGGCGGACAGGGUGACAACCUGCUAAGACUAGCUAGCUUAUAUGUUAAACAGAAAGCUGUGAUUUAAAAAGGAAAUAUUUGAGAAUCAUUUUGCUUUUGAAACACAGACUUGAAUAUAUAGGCUAAUUAAUCAUUUAAAAAAAAAUGUAAUACCUGAAGGUUGUGCCUUAAGAAUUUAUUUGCGAUUUAUCACCGCAACAUACAGUAUAUUGGUAAGUAGGGAUCACAGUUAAUGUAAAGAGAAGAGGUUGUUCCUUCUGCUUAAUGAAUCAAACAUUAAUUAACAUAAUUUAUACAAGUGCUGUAAUUUUCUUUUACUAAUGUAUUGAUAUUAGUUUUCCACCUAUACUUCAAUUAUCUUCAAAUGCAUUUGUUUUUAUUUAUGUAUGUAUUUAUUGAUUAUGUUUUACUUAGACAUAUGUACAGUUUGUUUGUACUGCCAUUGCAGUUUAUAAAAUGUGUUCAUGAAAAUAUAAAAAUGUUAGUUUUGUAACAUAAGGACGAUACCAAUGUAAACAUGUCAAAUUUGUAAGCAGGAUAUAGUGUUGAUGGAAAAAGGUGAAGGUGAAGGAUCUUCUCAAUCGAUUGAGAAAUUUGGUCAUGCUCCAGAGCACCAUCUAGUAUUGUAGAAAAAAAAUGAAAAAGUCUACCAACAAAAAAAACAACUGAACUAAACC